GUGAUACUGUUUUUAAAUAAAAGUGAUUUUACACUGGUUUCUCUACCGAUUCGGUAUAGGGAUGUAUUUAGGAUUCCAAUGGGUUCUCAACUUGGGUCUCACUCAAAGUAGACAUAGACAAUGCUAGUAUUUAUUUUCAGUUUGAUUGACGUUUCGAAUAUUUAGCUUCGUUGUUGCAUUCUUUUUGGGGUCGUCUUGGAUAAUUUAUUUCUUGUUCUGUUGUGAGAGUUAAAUUGUAUUGUAAAGUGAAAAAUUAAAUAACAGCAGAUUUGCUCAUUGUAGUGAUAGUUUCAUUAUAAACAGUGUCCAUUAUGAGUAGCAAUUUAGAAAACGAUAGGUCGGUCACUACUGGCAAAAUGUAUCCUAUCGAUUUGGCGCCGCAGAAGAUAACUAUUGUAAAGAAUGUCUCAAGCGAAGUUAAAAUGGCUCACGUUAUUCCUUGCCAACCGAAGACAACAUCGUCGGGGCAAAUUAUUACCCACGCCGGACCGGUAGGAUUGAUGCGUCCAGCUGCCCAGAUUCUCGCUCCCAAUGUCGCAUCUCAGCCACAAAUGAUUGUAAGUGGAUCACCAAUUCUACAAGGCACCCAGAUUAUGUCGCAAGGACAGAGUACCCAGAUCAUGUCCCAGUCACAGUUGAUAACUCCAAGUGGGCAGUUAAUUAGUCCAGGGACACAGAUCAUAAGUCAAGGAACUCAGUUAUCAGCUCCUUUGAAUAACACAAGCAAUACACAGACAAGUGUGGCGGCUACAGUGAGUGGCACACAGGUGGUGAAUAUGGGUGCUCAAUUGGUAAGCGGACCGGCCAAUUUAGUAAUGAGCCCUUCUGUACGUACUCUACCACCAGUGAGGGUGCUACCACCAUUGCCCCAUCAUAAUACUAGACCAGUGAUAUCAAACAUGACAGUGAGUUCAGCAGGCAAUGUGUUUGUCGGUAAGAGCGUGGCGGUGACAAGCCACACGCCACAUGUGCCGCGCGGACUCGCAGCCGGCGCUUCACUGGCUAUAAGGCAAGUGCUGCCAGGAGUUGGAUCACAACCGGUCAAUUCAGGUACAGCGUGGUCGAGCAACAACCGCGGCCCCCGCAACGCGCUCGUGUACGGAGCCCGGGGCCCGCUGCCCCGCGCGGCGCCGCGCCCCGUGACCCCCGCACCCGCCUUCCCCACCACGCCUAUAUCGACUCCCGCGCAGCAUUCUGCGAUCGUCACGCUCGCUACUACGUCUGUUUUGACAACUGGUGGAGUGAUAUCCGGUGCAAUAAGAAGCGUAGCUCCAAGAGCCACUACUCUGACGCCAACCACCACCACAGCUGGACCUCGUGCAUUGCCCUUGUUGCAGAGGAAUUACCCACCUAAGGUGUUAGGCGUGGGCAGCGUGCGCGGCGUGGUGGGCAACAGUGCGCCCGCGCAGCUCUACUACGAGGUGCCGCGACCCGCGCCCACGCCGCCCUCGCCGAGACCCGCCGCGCCACAUCAAGUGAGUGUGGUGAAUACGGUCCAGUCUCAGCCGUUGCCGGAAAGCCGGCCGCCGGCCACCGUCACCCCGGUCCUGCCAAGACCUUCCAUACUCAGGAAACGAGAUGUUGACGAUUCGCCAACAAAAACGGGCGGCGUGGGUCCCCCGGUGUACGGGCGCGCGGACGGCACCGGGUGGGAGGACGUGCCCACGGGCUCGGCGCGCGGCUCCGGCGGCUCCGGGGGCUCCACCACCAUCUCCGCCUCGUCCUCGCCCGCGCCCGACGACGAGCCCGACCCGCCGCAACUGGACGGCGGCGUGUCGCCGAGGAAGAAACCCAGGAAGCAGAUGUUGACUAAUGAAGUAAGACAAUGUGAAUUCCCUCAAGAAGAGGCGCCUCCGACGCCGCCGCCAAUCGUUCCUCCUAAACGUCCCCAACUCAAGUCAAGCUACGUGUGCAGUUGGCGGGCGACCGCGUUACACUUCACUCGGCCUUCGGACGUCCGCAAGAAAGAGCCUCGAGCUAAGGACAUCAUAGCGAUCGCGAGUCAGAAACAUGUUCUGGCCAGCGCUGAUGGAUGGAAGGUCCACCAUUUGACCGCUCAGAUGGAGGAUUUGAUAUCACUGGAAUCAGAUGUAAGCAGGCAGCAGGGAGGUUUAUUGAAGUCAUUGGAGACGGCGUCAGGACGGGUACUUUCGUCCCUCAAACCUCAUUCGCACACAUUAUUAGAAUUGCUUAAGAGUAACAUACAAAGAAGCAAAAAAGUUUGCGAAGGUAUCGAAGAAGCCCGAGAUGACCUCCUCAAGGUGUUCACUCAUAGAAAUUUUGUCUCCGACAUCCUCACUCGCCAGGCUGAUAAGCGGUCCUUUAGAAAACAUAGAUCGCAAUCGUAGCAUAAAUAUUAAAUUAAUGAUCUGCAGAUAACAUAAUAAUAUUGUACAUAAUAAAUAAGUAGCUAAGGUGUACAUUUUAAAAAUAAAUUAUAAUUAAGUUAAAAGGAAAUGCUUGAAGACAUGCAUUUUGUUUCAUGACUUGGAUUUAUUUUAAUAAUAAACUUUAUUCAAUAAAUUGUUUUAUUGACAAA